AAACAGAGCCUGUUGAGCGUGUGCUUGCCGUCACCACAUCCUGAAAUCUCGUGGGGUGGGAGAGGCGACGGAGGGAAGGGCGCUCUCUCAAGGCCGUUUCCCGCAAACGCUGUAAGGGACAGGCGAAGCCACCACCUCAGCGCGCCCUCCCUCGGCCGCCCGUUUGCCAGACGCGCCCAAGUCCCCACUGCGCAGCCGCAAGGGUAACCGAAACUGUUUUGUGCCUCACGUCGCCGCAGUCGCUUCCGCGUCCCGACUUCGGGUCUGUUCCGUCGCUGGGCCUCGCCGCGUCGCGAACGUCCGCGGCUCCCCUUCCCUCCUCCUCUCUUUCGGCACCAUGUCUGCCAAAGGUAAGAAGCUAGAAACGGACAGGGAGCCGGGAGCCCACCCGCCGCCUGCCCGCAUGCGCAAACACGGAACGUUUCCAACGGCUGGACGCGCAAACGGCCGUUGCUCAAGCAGCCGAGCCGUUCGCGAGGUGCCACCUCCGUGUUGAGCUCUUAUUGGCCCGCUUCGUGCUCAGCGGCGCUGCUAUUGCGCAGCGCGCUUGUCUGUCAGCGUUACGUCGGCUCUUGUGCGGGGGGGGCGGGUAACCAAGACUGCUUGAGAUUAACGGGCGGGGGAAACGAGGCCAGGCUUGAGGAGAUUUCUUUGGCGGGCGAAUAAAACCUUAUUGAACUGAGGGGAUAAUGAAAUCUCGCUACCUUGGUGAGCGCGGAGUGUGGGGAGGACGCGGGCGCCCACCUUCUGUAGCUGUCUUACGCGAAGGAACCGAGCAUGUACGAAAAUGCUUCCCUCGCCACUGCGCGUGCGCGUGCGUUGCCGUUGAACACCGGGAAGCCGUUUGCACGGCAGGUGGCUCGAGGAAGCCGUUCUCGUGCGGAGGGGGCGGGGAGACGCAGGUCCGUGUCCCUCUGUGCUCAAUGGGGCACAAGACUGCAGCCACCCUGAGCGGUCUUACGUGUGAUUCCUCAGAAAUGAGCAUCGCUCAGUUGUGUGUACAAUGGCAGCGCAGUCGUCCAUCUAAACUUUAAAGCUGAGAGUAAAAGGGCCGUUCUGACUGCGCAGACAGUGCCGGAUUUACGUAUAAGCUAAACGAGCUAUAGCUUAGGGCCCCACUCUCUUGGGGGCCCCCAAAAAAUUUAAAGGGGAAAAAAUCUGGAUGUACAUAUCCAAAAUAUAAGAUAAAAAACAAAAUAAAAUCUACACACAGCAACAGUGUUUUGUGUUGUGUAGGCUCCUAACUGUUAUGUGCAAAUGGCUUUAGAUACCUAUUAGGUCCAUAAAUUACCAUAUAGCAUAUAUUCAACACAAAAAAACAGCUGCUGUUGACAAAGGACAGCUGGACAUAUAAAGGGCCCGUUACCUUCAGUAGCUUAGGGCCUCAUCAAACCUAAAACCAGUCCUGUGCUCAGAACAGCAGCUUCCUGAGAGUUGUAGAAAUUAUACCUUUGUGGUGUGCUUAAUUUUCCUAUAACUUUGUAAGGUGUCUUUGAAAACAAGAAUGGAAAGGUGAAAUUAUUCCAUCCAAAGGUGCUUAAUUUUUUUCCUUUCAUUUCCAAACUGUUGUUUCAAACAAUUAUUUAAACAAAUAAGAUAAAAUGAGGACAUCCAGACAGUAUCCCAAAGAGCCAGUGGUGGGAGUUCAUACCAAGAAAUUGUCUCACACCCAUGUUGAACACAAAAGUUAAAACAUAGUGGUUACUGUGAUCACAUUUUAAAAAAUGAGGAAGUAUUAGGCCAUGUAUUGUCAUUCUAACUCCAGAAACAAGGCAGCUGCAUGGACCUGCUUUGCAGCAGAAAAAAUAAAGUGUCGGGGUGUGGGUGGGUGUUUAGUACACACAUUUUUCCCUUUAAAAAAGGGGGUUUCCCCCGCAAAAGCAUUGAAUGGAGCCAUAUUGAAUGGUACAGCUGUCAUCUUUGUUCUGAUGUCUUUUUCUUUGGCUGUCAUUGAUCCUUGGGUUUUGUGUCCUUAAAAGAGGUACACUUAUUCUUGUGGUAAAAUUUAAGUGCUUCAUACCUAAUGAUAGGGUACUGUAAGUCUUAGCAUCCAAUAAGACAUUUCAUUAACUCCUAUUUUAUGUAUCCAGGUCAAACUAGGAUUCUGUGCUUUGCUCAAUAGAUUGGUGAGAGUGGGGGGAAUCUACUCAGGAGACAAUUAGGAGCAUAAUUGGGCAAGCCUAUGCAUGUGCUUUGCAUAAUCUAAAAGUCAAAUGAACACAUCAUCCUUUCCAAUAUGACCACUGGAAAGUCUUGUUUUUGUUUUUUUGCCCGAAGCCUCCCUCCUAAAAUAAAAAGGGAGACAAGGGAAAAGUGAAGCAAGCGCAGCUCUAAUAGGUACAAAGUGAAAUGUACCCCAAACAAUUAAUAAGGAAGUAAAUGAGUGGUGCAAGACCUGGGUCCAAUCCACAAUCCAGCAUUCCCUCCACCAAGUACAGUACAGUGCUGAUUCUUGGUUUUGUGUGAUGCACACAUUGCAUGCUCCUAACUUCUGCCCCUUUAUUUUGUGAUAUUUCAGGCUACUUUUAAGAUGAACUUAUUGCAUUGUUCUUUUACUGUGCGUUUCCAUAUGAAUCAGCUGCACACUGUUAUUGCUAUUAUAACUGUGAGUCUCUUCAAACCUGCUAAACAGGUUCACUACACUUCCCCCCUGCCCCACCUCAUCUUUAUUCUUUAACCUUGGGUGAAUAAGAAUUAAUCUGUGGGAAUGAAGUUUUAUUCUCGGUGACUGGAUGGUCAUAACUGCUUGGGAGGAGCAGUACUUAUCAAUGUGCAGCUGUGCUUAAUUUGAAAGCCAUUUUCUCUAGACCUUCACUUUCCAUGUGGAAAGUGGAGGUUUGUGAUUGUAGUACAAGUCAACCGAAUUCCUCCAUUAACUUGAAUGGGCGGGGGGGGGGAGAGAAGGCUGCUUUAUUUACGUUAUGUUAAAUUAUAAAGUAAAGUAGACAUAAAAUCUACUAUAUGGUUCAAUAAAAGGCUUUUAUUGUAGAUACAUUGGGCUGUUGGGCUUAUACAGAGAAGUGUAAACUACUGUACUUAAUAGCAUCUAAUUCAUCUCCCCUGCUGUGUACAUGUUUUAGGCUAUAUUGCAGUGCACACUGAAGAUGAUGACAACACUGUAAUAAUUGAUGAUUCAGAAAUGGAAGAUACAGAAAAUGGACCUGAAACUCAAGGGAAGUGUGAUGGUCGCUAUGUAACUCAUCUUACAUAUGGUAAUUAUGUUUAAUUUCAUUUUGAAAGAUGAUUAUGACUUUUCAUAUAGGGGGUUCAGCGAUGUUAUCUAGGGAAGCAUAAUUUUUGUCUGGCCUUGGUACUGUAGCCAAGCCAAAACUUGUGACCUCCAGAUUUCUACCCUUCCAGUGCCAGAUUUGAAAUCUUACCCACAGUGAAUCAGAUUUUCUAGAAAUACUUUUUUAAUGUAGCAUUCUAUGAGAAGACUAAUUAAUUGGGAUAGUGGGGUAUAAAACUAAAUUAAAUCUUUCUUGAGUGGUAUCUAAGGCAUUAUUAAGACACUGCCUAACUUACAUUUUUAGAAGGUAAUGAAGAUUUAUUGGAUAUAGAGGAGCAAGCUGGAUCACAGGAAAAUCUUUCAACAAGUGCGCCAAGGCUCAGUCGCAAUCCAGAACAAAUGGAAUUAGUUUAUUUACGUAAAAGGCGCCGACUUGCAUCCUCUCUAACGGGGGUAAGUAUAUUCCAAUAAAUUACUUGUACAGUGGUACCUCAGAUUAAUAACUUAAUUCGGGUCACAGAGAUUCUAGGGUUUUAGGGGUUGUUUUUUAAGUAGACUGCAAAAGACUGAAAUCAGCUUAUCCCAGCAUUAAAAUACAGUGGACGCUCAGGUUGCGAACGUGAUCCGUGCAGGAUGCACAUUCGCAACCCGCAGUGGCACGUCUGCGCAUGCGAGGACCUCCAAACCCCGGAAGUAACCCGUUCCGGUACUUCCGGGUUUCAGUGGUCUGUAACCCCCCCAAAAAAACGCAACCUGAAGCGUCUGUAACCUGAGGUAUGACUGUAUAAACUUUUAUCGAAUAACUGACACAAAAAUAUAACAAUUCAAACUGUUUCUAUAAGCCCUGCUUACUGUCUUUCUAUGAACUCUUAGCGGUAUCUGUGGAGCACAUUGAUCGUUUCCAUGUAAUGAAUUUCUUAUCCACAGCGUGGCACCAGCGUUCUGCUUUUCUUAACAAAACUUAGUAUGGAUUAAAAUAAUUUUUCUUAGUCAGCCCACGGAACAAUAAUAACAAAUGAUUAUAAGUGCCAUAUCAGUUAUAAUUUAUGUUAUUUAUAUUCUUUAUUUCAAUAUCUUUAUUAGAUGAGAGCCAAAGAGCCUGAAUAUGAAGAUGGAGAUGUUAUUUAUGAAUACGACCCUGAUGAUGAAUGUGUAUGUAUACUUCCAAAAAUAAUUUAUAGCCUCUCUGUAGGAGGAACUGCGCAAAUUAAAAUACUGCUUUCUUUUAAAUUUGAGAGCUUUAUUUUAUCAUUUUUGUUUCCAAUUAUUCCUGUGACUAGGGUUACAUUUUCAUUGUCUUUGCACUAGGGGAGUGUUGUAUCUGAAGCUUCAUGUGCAGGAGAUCAGCAGAAAACUCUUAUGGAAGUCCUUAAUUAUUGUCAGGUACUGUGUCGUCCUUCAUUGUUUGUUUGAGAAGCCAUUUGUCAUGGAUAGGGAAUGUGUGGCCCUCCAAAUGUCAUUACACCCUCACCAUUGGCUGGGAUAGACAGGAGUUUAAGUCCAGCAACUAAUGGUUCUCCAUCCUUGCUUUUAUAAGUUCUUCCAAAACAAGGUCUGUUUAGGCACCAGUUUCUUGGUCUUCUCCCUUGAGUUCCAGCUGGCUUUGAAUCUCUCUUCCAAUCUGACAUAAAUAAAUGUAUGUUUGCAGGCCAUGUAUGAUGCCAUUCUGAAACUGGAUGAGAAGUUUGAGAGCCUUCAUCGCAAGGUCUCAGAAAUGCAACACACCCGGUUAAAGCCUUUACUUUUAAAACCAGUGAGUAUUAAAUUGCUGUAGUUGCAAUUAGUUUUUGUUGAUGUUUUGUUAAUUUUCUAAUUGUCUUUAAUGGUGUCUUUCUUAUUGUGUUUCAUUGUAAUUUAAAAAUGGCAUUAAGCUUCUAAUCUGGCCAUGCACUAGAGCAGGGAUGGGCUAGCAUAGCCAGUGGUCAGGAGUGAUUGGAGCUGUAGUCUAACAGUAUCUCUAGGGCACAGGUCCCCCAUCCCUGUGUUGGGAUACUGCCAGGGAGACAAAGGCCAUCAUGACUCCACGUCGUCUCAGGACGAUCCAUCAAUCUCCCGUAGAUACAGUAUCAGUCAAUUAGCGACACGAGCCUCGGAAAUAGCUGUCCACAUCCCAGGACUCAUGCACGCCCUUUUUGCAGAGUUUGCACAACGAAAGAUGCACUCAGGAGAGCAGCAUAUUUACAGAUUUAUUCAGCGUUGGUCAGAACAAAGGAAGAACAUGACUGCUUGACUGCAUGUCAAGGCAACAGAGAGAAACAAAAACUAUAUACAAAAACAGAAACUUCCUGUGAGCCGGAAGUACGCAGGCUGUGACUCACAACAGCCUGUCCUUUAUAAGGUGGAACGGAAAUAUCCUAACAUCCUGUGCAUCCCUAACCCUGUACCAGAGGCACAUAACUGUGUACAGCUUGGGAUAGCACAGUACACCUAACAGGGCCCAAGUUUGGUUUCUAUUACAAUUCAAGAUUGUGUAUAUAGUAAUAAGAAAACAUUGCACAAAAACAUAAACCUAAUGUUUGCAUACAAAAGGCUAGCCUAUAUUGUAUAACUUUUUUCAAAGUUGCUGAAAUAACUUUAUAUAGCUUGAGCUACAAAUACAGUGGUACCUUGGGUUACAUAAGCUUCAGGUUACAGACUCCGCUAACCCAGAAAUAGUGCUUCAGGUUAAGAACUUUGCUUCAGAAUGAGAACAGAAAUCGUGCUCCGGCGGCACGGCAGCAGCAGGAGGCCCCAUUAGCUAAAGUGGUGCUUCAGGUUAAGAACAGUUUCAGGUUAAGUACGGACCUCCGGAAUGAAUAAACUACAGUGGUGCCCCGCAAGACGAAUGCCUCGCAAGACGGAAAACCCGCUAGACGAACGGGUUUUCCGUUUUUGAGUUGCUUCGCAGGACGAAUUUCCCUAUGGGCUUGCUUCGCAAGACGAAAAUGUCUUGCGAGUCUAGAGAUUUUUUUCCGCUCCCCCCCCCCUUUAUCUAAUCUGCUAAGCCUUUAAUAGCCUUUAAUAGCCUUUUAGCAGCUAAUCCCCUAAGCCUUUAAGCCUUUAAUAGCCGCUAAACCGCUAAUAGCGCUAAUCCGUUAAGCCGCUAAUAGGGUUGCUUCGCAAGACGAAAAAACCGCUAGACGAAGACUCUCGCGGAACGGAUUAAUUUCGUCUUGCGAGGCACCACUGUACUUAACCCGAGGUACCACUGUAGACUAUGAUUAAGAUGGCUAACAAAACAUGAUGCAAAACAAAUCUGAACAUAUAAAUUCAGUUCCGUUCAAAGCAUAGCAUUUGAGUACUCCUGCCUCCAGUAUGUGCUCACCUGAUAAUCUCCACUUUUUCAAAUGGGGCUAAUGCCAAGCAGUGUGGCAAAAUGGAGUGUUUGCUCAAUGUUUUUCUCUCCUUUUCAGAGACCACUUAGGUUUACGUAUAGAAGUCCUAGAAAUCUCUUACCUGGAAAAAUCAGAAUCCAGAAGGCAACAGAAAGAAAGCCAAGUCAGAUCUUACCCCCUGGGCAUGGAUGUCAGAGCCAACCCAUGAAGGUUAAGCUACAAAGAGCUCCUAUUUUGACCAGAUCUGCGGUUAAGCCAGUUCCACACACCCUUCAACCUGAAUCACAGCCCCCUGUGCACAGGCAGAGUCCACCACUUCCUACAAUUGUUUCCACCCGUUCACUGUGUCCCCCAUUCAACAUGGCUAGUGACAUGCCUAAUAUUCCUUCACAAACCAAUCUAGCAACCUUAGUCAACAAAAGCUCUGUUACUGUCGCAUCUUUGGCAAUAGCCUCACCAGUGGUGUCAUCAGUAGCAUCUACACCACCGGCAGCUAAUUUAGAGAGAAACAAUAGGACAGUGACUAACAAAACUUCACCUGGAAGUAGAGGUAUUCGUAAUGAGCCACCCUCGUCAUCGUCUGUUUCUGCCAGUUCAGCAGUUGCCUCUAGUCGUUCACUGAAUGCUCCAGUUACAGCUAAUAAGAUGCCUGACCUUCCUUCACAAGCUAGUCUUUCAACUACUGAUAGUCCAGCUCAGGUAGAAUCUUCAGCUGUACCCUCACCAGUGAUAUUAUCUGAAACCAGUUUGGAGAGGAAAAAAACGCUGGUAACUUACAGAACGUCAACCGGUGGUACAGAUAUUAGUAACGAGGUACCCUCUUCUUCUUCUAUGAGUCAUAAUUUUGGUGAGUUACAGUUUUCAUAAGAAUAAUGUGUUUAGCUCUUAAUUCCUUCUUUAAUUCCACUCUUUUGCAUGCACAGGGAUUCUUCCAUUAAACUGAAAAGGUAGCCACCCACUGUUUCUCAUAGCACCAAUGUUCUGCUUUCUCACUUCCUGCUCCAUAAAGGCAAAAGGCAUCCCUAUUGUACCUGCCCUUUGGUGGAGGCGUCACAAGGGCAUAAUGGCAGGUUGUAUUUUCAUAGCAGCCACUAUCCUCCAACCAUUUCCCUGUCCAUCACUCAGCCUGGCACUGUUUUAAAAGGUGCUUCUGUGUUGCAUCCUUUUCCUUUUCUUUUUUUAUUGAGUGUUAUUCUUUUGACUGAAUAUUUAGGAGACUUUCCCUACAGCUCACUGAAGUUUGCAACCAGACUUUGCAAGGAUGGUUAGCAUUACUAUCUGGGUAGAAAUAAUACUGCACUACUGUUAUUUGUGAAAAGAGCAGGGAUGGGGAAGUUCAUGUGCUGCAGGAGAAGGGGUAAGGAGUCUGUGGCCCAUUCCCAGUUUCUUAAUCAUGGUUAAGAGAUUAGAAGAAUUGUGUCUUUACUGAACGGGGGGGGGGGGGGGGGCUUCCAAACACGUGGGCCAUGUCUGUGAAAUGUUAGAAGCCCAGAAUGGCACUUUGGAGGACUUGCAGUGGGUGCAGUGCAAUUUUGUUUUAAUACUCUUCUAAUAUUUUCCUUUAUCUAGAGUUCAUUGGUGAUCCAAAGCGGAAUGUGAAGGUCCUUGGCAACUAUUUGAUGAAAGCGUGGCAAAAGACCGUGCCAAAGUAUGCUGCACGCUACUUGGUCCGGGUUUUGUUCCCAAAAGAAACAUUGCUAUGUAGUGUUAUGGGUACAAGGGCUCGAGGACGCAGGACGCUAGACCCAAACAAGGUCGCUGCAAUCAGAGGUAUGUCACGCAGUAGCGGAGCAAGGUGGGGGCAGUCCGCCCUGGGUGUCACCCCUGAGGGGGGUGACAUCGCCAGGAGCGGCACCCCCCAGGACGCUCACCGCCGUCGGAGGUCACACUGGUUUAAGAGAAGGGGUUAGAUUUUCAACCCUUGGUAGUUCCUUAGGCCAGAACUACAUAAUAAGACUCAGACAGGGUUUCCAGUUUUAUGUUUUCUUCCAAUAUUUAGAUAGAGUAGAACAGUAGGUAGGAAGUAGCCAAGAAGAAAAGUGCUUAAUCAUUUCCCUGCCAGUUCUCAUCCACAAUUCCUUCUCUCUCAAGUGGUUUUCUCCUUUCCCCCCAGCUGCCUAGAACAACAGAAAGAAAUAUGGCUAGGAGACAAUGGAAAGGGGGAGAAUAGUGAAUAGGAGAAGGUUUAAACUCCACCCUCGCUGGGCACUUUUUCUCCUCUGCAGACAUUCUUUCCCUAAUGUUGCAUUUAACUUGCAAGUAUGAUUAUACUUGCAAGUAUCAAAAAACUGCAUGUUUUCAUACAUUCACACACAAAAACGGCAGUUUCUAUUGCAACUGGAGCAAACAAAUUUGCCUGAUGGUAUACAUGCACUUAAUUCAGUUCAGAUGAAAUAUGGUUUUCUUUGCUUUAUGAAAUAUUCUUAACAUAUUUUACUACCUAGUCGCCUUUGUCUGGUUAUAAUCAGGUAAUCAGUAUUUAUUUUCAUAAAUAUUUCAAUUUACACAAGCUCUCAAAAUGGAUACUCUCAUGGGCUCUCACUUGUGGGGUGCCUCAGGGUUCUGUCUUCUCCCCCAUGCUUUUCAACAUCUACAUGCAGCCGCUGGGAGAGAUCAUCAUGGGGUUUGGACUCGGUGUCCAUCAAUAUGCGGAUGAUACCCAGCUCUACCUCUCUUUCAAAUCAGAACCAGUGAAGGUGGUGAAGGUCCUGUGUGAGUGUCUGGAGGCGGUUGGAGGAUGGAUGGCAGCUAACAGAUUGAGGUUAAAUCCUGACAAGACAGAAGUACUGUUUUGGGGGGACAGGAGGCGGGCUGGUGUGGAUGACUUCCUGGUCCUAAAUGGGGUAACUGUGCCCCUGAAGGUUUAGGUGCGCAGCCUGGGCGUCAUUUUGGAUUCGCAGCUGUCCCUGGAGCCACAGGUCAAUUCUGUGUCCAGGGCAGCUGUUUACCAGCUCCAUCUGGUACGCAGGCUGAGACCCUAUCUGCCCGCGGACUGUCUCGCCAGAGUGGUGCAUGCUCUGGUUAGCUUUCGCUUGGACUACUGCAAUGCGCUCUACGUGGGGCUACCUUUGAAGGUGACCCGGAAACUACAACUAAUCCAGAAUGCGUCAGCUAGACUGGUGACUGGGAGCGGCCACCGAGACCACAUAACACCAGUCUUGAAAGACCUACAUUGGCUCCCAGUACGUUUCCGAGCACAAUUCAAAUGUUGGUGUAGACCUUUAAAGCCCUAAACGGCCUCGCUCCAGUAUACUUGAAGGAGCAUCUCCACCCCCAUCGUUCUACCCGGACACUGAGAUCCAGCGCCGAGGGCCUUCUGGCAGUUCCUUCACUGCGAGAAGCCAAGUUACAGGGAAUCAGGCAGAGGGCCUUCUUGGUAGUGGCACCCACCCUGUGGAAUGCCCUCCCACCAGAUUUCAAGGAGAGCAACUACUACCAGACUUUUAGAAGACAUCUGAAGGCAGCCCUGUUUAGGGAAGCUUUUAAUGUUUGAUGGAUUACUGUAUUUUAGUAUUUUGUUGGAAGCCACCCAAAGUGGCUUGGGGAAGCCCAGCCAGAUGGGCGGGGUAUUAUUAUUAUUAUUAUUAUUAUUAUUAUUAUUAUUAUUCAAUGGUUUGUUUAAAACAGAAGCGCGGUGUUUCAUAGUAACAUAAGUGUGCUUUAAAAAAUAAUAAUUGUGUUUUUGAAUGCAGAAUUUCUUGCUGCUUAUUUCCCAAGUUAUGAUCUAAGUGAGCGUGGGAAAGACUGGAAAACCUGUAUUACAAAUGUGAAUGCAAUGAUCCGCUGCUUAUGUUAUGAAAGCAAAACAAGUCCAGUAAGUUCUUUCUUUGUGUUGACGCCUCUAUAAACACAUCCUAGCCCAGACUGCAUUUCUCUGAAAGCAAUUAUCUUAAGUUUGAAAUCAGAAGUUAAUAAUAAACGCUGAAACCCAGAAAGUAUUAAGGAUGUUUCAGGCUCAUUGAUACAAAAUAUUUAUAGAUCUCUAGUUACUGAAGUAGUGAUUCACGGCCAUUGCUUCGAAUGUUUCAAAUUGAAUAGAGAAUUUACAGAAGAAUGCCUACCUCUUUUGCUACUGUGUCACUGCUAUUGCCAAGAGCAAAAAUAACGUAGCUUACUCAAUUGAAAAUACUAUGAAAUAAAAUAAUAGACAAUAUUGUUCUUGCUUUAAUUCAUUUAAGUUUCUUCCUUAUGAUAUUUGUAGAAGUUUAUUACUGCAUUUUUACAUUAGUUAUGGAAAUAUUCCUCCCUGCUACAUUGCUUCCUAGAUCACUGAGGGAAAAGAGAAAGCUCCUGAAGCUCCAGACACAUCCAUGUGUGUAGAUUUAAUUGAUAUUGGGGAAGAGAGUGACAUCAAUUCUCAAACCAGUUCAAUAUCAAACCAGCUUCAGAAUUCAACAGGGGAUAAUAAUAAAAACGCACCUUCUUCCAGUGAACCACCUUCUUUAGAGCCAAUGGGUAAGCUGCUGAACCUUUGUUUUCUAUGUCAGAACUGUGCAAGCCAUAUGCAGUAUGCAAACACUGUAAACCAGUCCUCCAGGCAUUUAAAAACCUGCAUUUCCCCCCUUGUCUGUCUAAGAGGGAAAGAAUGGGGGUGGGGCGAUCAAGCAGCUUGCAGAGCAUAGUGGCUGGUGGGUUAUACCUAGCUGGGUAGCUCACAAGUUAAAUUAGACUUUUAGCAGUCGGACUGAUAAAUCGUCCUUCAUUUUUUCCCUGCUUCAGUUUAGACUGAGCAUGCAGACAUGGGUUUGUUUUAGUUACCUACUUUAGGCAUUUCAGAAAUAUAGAAUUAUGAGGAAUCUGCUCAAUGUAGAGACAGAACUCUUCAUUUUUAAUCAGUUUUGAAAACAAACAUGAAACCAUUCCACUUAGAACAAAACAGGAUAGUUAGAUUUCUAAGCUUUUUAGAUGGUCCCUGCUUUCAGACUGACAAUCUUAGGGCUGACAUUUGUCAACCAUUCUUGAGCCAUUCUGCUUAAAGAACAGGGUUUGAAAUCUUUUUCAUCAUAAUAAUAAUAAAAAUGCCUCCUCUCUAGCACACCUUGGGAACCCAUCAAGGAAUGUCCAGUUGCCCUUUUCAGUUAUUUUUGCAGCCAAGGGAAAAACUCGGCCAGAACUUUCAGCACGCUACCUGAUACGUCAUCUGUUCACAGAGAAUAUCCUGAUAAAAAGCAAUGUGUAUGGCAACCUGGACCGUGGCACACAUCCACUGGACUGCAACAAAAUAAAUGCUCUUAGAGGUCAGUAACGGUUUCAGUAGGAGAGAUGCAAUCCCUAAAGGCAAUUUAAUGGGAGAGUAACCCCCAUGGAACUCAGUGCAAUUUGGUUCCGAGCAGACAUUAUAUAGGACUGAGCUGUCAGGCUGUGAAAUAUUUAUUCAAAUAUUUAUAAACUAUUCUUUAACAAGAUAUAUCAGGGUGGUAUACAAAAUAUAAUAAAAUCAGCAAAUGUAUUCAUAAGAUUUAAAACAUUAAUAAAACAUCAGGAGAUACUGGUUGGUGAAAAAGAAAUUCAUAUUGUGGAGCUCUGUCUAAACAAGACCUCUUUCAGAAUAUGUCUAAAAGGAGGCAGAGAAGCUUCCUGCCAAAACUCUACUUGUAGGGCGUUCCACAGCAGGGCUUGCCAGUUUCAGUGUUUGGUCUUUACUGCAUAGGCCAACCAAAUCUCAGGCCAACCUACCAGAAGUGCCCCAUCAAGAGAUUUCAGUGAUCAAGGUGGAAUUGUUACAAUAAUGGCAGCAUCGAAAUUGCUGCAGUGUCAAGUGACUUUAUCCUCAAAAUAAUGGACCAAAUGGUCAAAGGAGGCCUCCAAAUGCCCGUCCCCACCUACACAUGAGACCAGAUUCCAGGUGGUCUGUAAGAGCUCUGCUGGAUCAUUACUAGAGGCUGUGAAGUAGGACUUCUUUGCUGCCCUUAUUGCUGCACGGUAGGUCCGAUUAUGCACCCUAAUCUGCUCAGUCAGCUUUGGAGCGAGUUCUGUGCCACCAUCUUCCAUCCUGUUUCAUCACACGCUGCUGCCUAGGAUACCAGGGCUCCUCAGCACCAGAGGAGCAAUCAUAUUGAUGAGGCUCUUCCAAAAGGCAUUUACUGCUCAUUUGUAGGAUUCCUGAUUUAGUAGUUGCUUAUCAGAAGCAGUUACGGGUACUGUAGCAUUCUCUCUUCAAAGUAGGAUGCCUUUAAUUUGCCUAAUCUGAACAGUGUAUAACUCAAUACUUACUAAGCAAUAUAAAACUUUAAUAAACAAUUUGUAACUUGCUUUUUUUAUUAUUAGACUUUCUGCAAGAGACUUACCCAUCUUUUGAGCUGAAGGAAACUGGAUAUGACUGGAAAGCAUGUGUUGCAGCUAUAAACAGCACAAUUCGCAGCCUGAGAUUUGACCAUAAAAAGGCCUCAUCUGCAGUCCAAAGCAAAGUGUCAGCUAAACCACCUCCACUGUCACGAAGUUCAAAAUGUUCCCUGUGAAACCCUGUUGCAGUAUAACAAUAUAAAAGCAACUUUCUAGUCUGUCAGCCAUAACUGUGUUAGAUGUAGCCUCUGCUACAGUCACAGUAGACUUUUUUCAAGAUGUGGUACAAUAGUUUAUUUUCAGUAACUGUCAACUGAAGAGUUUUAGUAUUCUUAACAAGAUGAAAUUUAGUAGAUCAGAGUAAGAAUUUGGUUUCUAUCUUGUGUCAGUGAUGCUUCUUUCUGCUGUAGAGGAUGACAGGCAUUAAGGAAACUCAUUCUCGAUGCACAGUGUCUUCUGCUGAGAAAUGCUAUUCCUAAGAAAAAUUACCUGCAAAUGGUGUGUGCGUGUUAGUUACACUGGACAUGGGUUACAAGGUAGAAUACAGUGGUACCUUGGUUCUCAAAUGCCUUGGUUCUCAAACGCCAAAAACCCAGAAGUAAGUGUUGCAGUUUUUGAAUGUUUUUCGGAAGCUGAACGUCUGAUGUAGCUGUCGGCUAUUGUUUCCAGGGCGCCUGCACAAGAAGCUGUGCCUUGGUUUUUGAACAUUUCAGAAGUCAAACGGACUUCCGGAAUGGAUUAGGUUUGGCGCUUUUGUUUUUGCUAUUUAUUUCACAUUUUUGUUUUUGAGGCUUUUUCAGUUAAUUUGUUUUUUUGUGACUGUGUGGAACCCAGUUCAGUACUGAUGGAUUGAUUGAGUGACUACAGAAAGGGAUAAAAGCCCCCCAUCCAAACAAUGACUAUCAUCAGUGCAGCUAAGAAUAUUUCUUUUUUAAAAAAAAAUUUAUCAAUACUGCCUUAUUUAUUUUAUAGUACAGUACACUGAUUAUUGCUUUCAUUUUAUGGAUCAAUGGUCUUCGUUAGAUAGUAAAAUUCAUGUUAAAUUGCUGUUUUAGGGGUUGUAUUUAAAAGUCUAGAAUGGAUUAAUCUGUUUUGCAUUACUUUUUAUGGGAAAGCACGCCUUGGUUUUGGAAUGCUUUGGUUUUAGAAUGGACUUCUGGAACGGAUUGAGUUUGGGAACCAAGGUACCACUGUAGUGGAAGCCCAAGGAGGAGCACAAAGUGGAUGUUUUCCUGAGUUUUUGAAGGAAUACAAGUUCUCUGUGGGUUAAUUCCUUGUGCAUCUAUACCAGGGUGGCUAGCCUUCUUUCUGAUGUGUAAAUUUUUCACAUGGGGUAUAAUUUUAAUUUGGGAGCACUUUCAAUACAUAGUGAAAUGUUGUACAAUAUCAGAAAGUGAAUCAUGCCAUUGAUGCAGAGUCUGCCUAAACAGUGUUGAGCCUGAGGGAGUGGUAGCAGAUAUCCACAACUGAAUAAAGGACAAAAAAAUGCUAACUUCUUUUUCCUGGUACCAAAACUGGUUUGCAUCUUUCCCCCCACCCUUUAGCUUCACCAGUCAUGAACUGGCAGGACGAAGGGGAGAAGGAAGAGGAUCCCAGCAAGGGGUGUAGCUGGGAUGGAGACACACUGGGGCAAGCAGGGGAUGGGGAAAGAAGUAUUCACAGGGUAAUGGAGGGGAUGGGGGUCAGUGCACAGGAACCAGCAGAGGAACCCCUGUCUCCCUGAACACUGGGCUCUGAGUGGGAGUGGCACUCCAGGAGGCUGAGGCAGGCAAAGGCCUAUAGCUCACUAGCUGGCCAAGUGGAGCUUGCUAGCUCUGGGAGGAAGUGUAUGAUUCCUCAGCUGGAGUAGGCUUGGAACAGGUGAGGGUCACCUGCCUCAUCAAGCCCAGAUGCUGCAAUCAGCAAGCAAAGUACAAAAGGGAAGCAAAGCUGAGGUGCUGUGUCUGUUCAGCAGCCCACGUUGAUGGGCCUUGGCUUGGAUGCUCCUGGACGUCUACAGGACUGCGCUUUGGGUUUGACUCUGGACUGUAUCCUGACUGCUGGGCUUCAGACUUGACUACUUGGAUUGACAUCUGGACUGUGUUUCCUGACUUUUGGACUUUGCUUGACCCCAGGACUUUGGACUUGACAUACUGACUUGCUGCCAGGUAGGCCAGGGGUUCAGGACAUCACCUCACAUUUGAAUAUGAUGUAAAGAUGAUAGCUAGGCACAUAUUUUUGAUAAAGUAGAACAUUUUUAUUGUGGGUUUCAGUUCUCGUUUAGAAUAGGUUUUGUCUGACAUUUAUGCAUAAAUAUUCUGGAAUAUUUAUUGUAAACUAGAAAUGAGUUUUCUUCCUUUUUGUCUAAUAUAGCUCCAAGCUAUUGCUUUCCAAAUUACAAUCACCUGUCUCUGUCUGUCUUUUUCUUUUUUGUUAUGUUGUUUACAUUUAACACCUGGUAGUUUUAUUUGAUCAUAUUCUGCAAACCAGCUCAGUUGAAUGUGUACCAUCUUUUAUAGUUUUUUGGAUUAUUUGGAGAAGUUUAUAUUUCAGUUUGCUGCUUAAGGCCUAAACUCAUAGUUGCAUUUACAGCCUCAGCUAUGCACCUAAUUUUGCUGCAAUAGCCUUCACUUGUGAAGCCCUUCUAUUUAUGUAGUUAUUUCAGACACUAGAUCUGAAAUUCCUAGAGGCUGGAUCUUUCUCCUGGCUCUUAGGAAUCAUGAUAGGCCCAUUGCCACCAUCAGAGAAGCUAUAUCUGGAGGUCAGCCACAUGGCUCUAGAACUGGUUUUUAGAGUGUGUCCAUUAAAAUGCCCUUUAUAUAUUUACAGUUCUUUGUCCCAAUUUGCAAGCUUCAUGUUCUACCUGAAAAUACAAUGGUGGGGCUGGGAAUCUGAGUUAUGAUCAAUGGCCAUGUCCCUGCCCAUCCAGUUCUAGAAGUUGUUGGUGCCUACUUACUAUGUUUGGAGUUGUCUGUUUAAAAGCUAGUGACACAAAAUACCAAACUGAGGAAGCCAAGCCCUUCAUAAUUCCCCUUUUCAGAUUAAAAUAAUUGGUCUCAAAUGCAUUAUGACAACAUUAUACAAAACUGGUCCUUAUGUGACAUUUAGUACAAUGCAAGAUGAUGUAUAGGCAACUCUCCAUUUACCUAGGGGUUACGUUCUGGGGCUCUACAUUUACUGGUAAGUGAAAUCGUGUCUUUUGAGAACACUAUUGAAAAAGCCUGCAAACAUCCUCUAAAGCUCUGGAAACCCUUGAAAAACCCCAGCAGCACUUACCAGAUUCGCCAAACUCAACAACAAUUGCUCUGUCCAAACUUCCUUUACCUUUACCUUGAAUUUUGACCAGGAGUAUCCUUAGCUGGAAUCUCAAAACAUUUCCAGCUUUCUAUGAUGUUACAAGGACAUUGAGACAUAUAAUGUAUAUAAAACAAUAUCCUGGU